AUGUCGGCCCUACUCACUGCAGAUUGGUUUCAACUGGAUUCCUAUUACAGGAAGUUCGAUCUUUACAACAUGGUCUGGGCCAUGGACGAAGGUUUAGGUAACAUGAUAGUAAGCGGUGCACCAUAUGGAGGUCCGUUAGCAGUUGUAAGAGACAGGAAACAAUUUGUCCGAGUGAUGUCCACUGGUAAUCCAGUGAUCACAAUCUAUAAUGGAGUUGGCAAUGUUAUUUCGAAGAUCUUGUGGCAAUACGGAGUUCUCAUACAAAUGGGUUGGUCAGAUGGUGAGCAGCUCCUGUGUGUGCAAGAAAGCGGGGAUGUGAUUAUCUUUGAUAUGUUUGGAGAAUACCAAAAGACACUUAAUAUGGGUCAAGAAGUAAGAGACACAAAGGUAUGCAAAGCGCAGCUCUUUCCGAAUCCUCAUGGGAUUGGUUUAGGUGUUAUCACAACGACUAACCGGAUGUUUUUAGUUAGCAAUGUUUCAGAACCUAAAGUGAGAUCUGUGCCUGAUAUACCUAAACCAAACUUACCAAUAAGUUGCUGGUGCAUAUUGAGUUGUGGUCAGCGAUCCUCAUCACAAAUAAGUUUCCUUGUGUGCCGCGAUAAAGAGAUAUUCAAAUGUCAACUUGGAGAAAGUCGACCUAUUCUUACUAUGCGAGCUGAAUUCAAGAAUCCCUACACACAAGUCCUAUCAAUUGUGCCAUCACAAAAUGGCCGGCACGUAGCUCUGUUCACGGAUUCUGGCUUCCUAUGGAUAGGUUCGUCGGACUUUAAGAACAAAUAUUGCGAAAUCGAUACAGGAUUUAUAAAACAACCGAAGGAAUUGGUGUGGUGUGGCUCCCAAGCCAUUGUCGGCCACUGGGACGACAUGAUGUGUAUCUACGGCUUCAACGGCCAAAACAUCUCCUAUCCCUACGACGGUCCCUUCCACAUAAUCCCAGAAAUGGACUGCGUUCGUGUUAUAUCGGAAAUGACGCACGAACUGAUACAAAAAGUUCCCGUUGUUGUCGAGAAGAUAUUUAGGAUCAACAGUACAGCUCCUGGCUCUUAUUUGGUUGAGGCGUCUAAGCAAUUUCAGAAACGAAGUCAUCGCGCUGACGAAUACAUACGUCUCGUCAAACCGGACUUGGCGAGUGCGGUUCAAGAUUGUAUCGAUGCGGCCGCCUUUGAAUUUAAUACAGACGUCCAGAAAAUGCUGAUACGAGCGGCCCAGUUCGGCAAAGGGUUCCUCAUGGACGCGGCGCUGACCGAUCACUAUGUCAAGACGUGCCGGUGGCUGAGAGUCCUAAACUCAGUCCGGGAUAGCAGAGUUGGCAUACCGCUGACGUUUUUGCAAAUGCAGAAUUUAGGAGAAAUGAUACUACUGGACAGAUUGAUAUGGAGACGGCUGCAUUGCUUAGCGGGUCUCGUAGCAACUUAUCUUCAGCUCAAAGGUGGACCCGCCCGGGUUUUAUCGCAUUGGGCAUGUUAUAAGGUCACCCAGCCACAUUUGGACAGCGAGAGCGCUGCCCGGGAAAUCGGUGAAAAGCUACGGAACGUCCCAGGCAUCUCCUAUUCCACAAUAGCUAUGAAAGCUGCGGAAAAGGGAAAGAGGUGGAACGCGCUUGCUAUAAAAAUAUUAGAGUACGAAACGCAUAGUAAACUUCAAGUUCCUUUACUGCUGUCGUUGGAGAAAGGUGAGAUUGCUUUGUCGAAGGCUACUGCCAGUGGAGACACAGACUUGGUGUACAUUGUACUACUUCACCUCAAGGAGAAGAUGAGCAAACACCAAUUUCAGGUAACAAUCCGCACUACACCAUUUGCGCACGCGCUGUACUUGAAGUAUUGCGCGAGUCACAACCGCGAGGCGUUACGUCAGGUUUACGUGCAAGAAGACGAUUUCCACGGCCAAGCCAGUACACACAUCCGCGACGCGAUUGAAGAAACCAACCCCGGGAGCAUUGAGGCGUCACUCAUUUCAGCCAGGGAAUGUUACAAGAAGGGCAAAAAUGAUUUAGGAGCAUCAAUAUGCGAGGAUGCGAGAAAGCUCUGCAAGCAGCAGUCGAGCCUCCAAGAAACUUAUGGUACGAGCUUCGUUGGCUUGUCCCUGCAUGAUACAGUUGGAAAGUUGCUGGAACAGGGCGAGAUCAAAUUGGCCGAUAAAUUACGUUCAGAGUAUGAGAUGCCUGAUAGAAGAUACUGGUGGCUAAGAAUACUAAAGCUGGCCGAAAAAGACAAGUGGGACGAAUUAGAAAAGUUCUCCAAAUCUAAGAAGUCGCCGAUCGGUUUCGAGCCCUUUGUCGACGCGUGCUUAACUCGCGGUCAAAACGACGAAGCCUUGAAAUACCUACCUCGCUGUAGAGACGAUAUUAAAGUGAAAUAUUACGUAAAAGCUGGGUUCUAUGAAGAAGCCGCUCAGGUUGCUUUCAACCAAAAGGACCAGAGCGCUCUCUUCUUUGUCCAAAACAAAUGUCCUGUUCAGGAAACCACCAAGCACGCCAAAAUAUCAGCUCUAUUAGAACAAUUGACAUCUAGAAAGUAG